AUGGAUAUGAUGUCAAACGGGCCUGCGACUUUUGCGCCUGCCGCAACUUCAGGCUCCGAUCUCCAUUCGACUACCAGUUCGACCGGCCCAACCCUCGCUGCGACAUCUACCUCUUCUUUAGCCUCCCUCAAUGACUACUCCAACUUUCCCCUGAUCCGCCAGGGCGAUCGCACAUAUCUUAGAGACCCCGAAAAUAACUACCCUCUCCCCUGCGAUCUUCAGGAGAUUCAUCGUCAGACCCUGCGCUCGCUCAUGCUCAUGCGCGUGUUCGGGGGUCCAUUCUGCAACCCCCACCUCGCCGACCGUCCCCCAAAGCGGGUUCUGGAAAUCGCAUGUGGUUCAGGCCUCUGGUCCAGUAUGAGCCAUGAAUAUUUCACUCGACGCGGCCACCGCAACGUGUCUUUCCACGGUAUCGACAUCGUUUCCGUCGCCCCCGAUCUGCGCAAGAAAGGUGUUCAUUGGCAAUUUCGAAGGCACGACCUUCGGAAGCCCCGCCUGCCUUUCCCCGACGACUAUUUCGACUUUGUCUUCAUUAAGGACGCAGGAAUGUGUCCAGCUAGUCCGGCGCUGCAAGCGUCCGGGUUAAGCGAGCCACUGAGGGUGCUCAAAUCUGGCGGAAUUCUGGAAAUCUGGGACUCUGACUGGGUCUUUCGGUCCUUGCUUCCCAAUCCCGCACCCGCUCGCAAAUUGGCGUCAAGGGAACAAGAGACGGCCGAUGCGACCGCGACUUACACCUUUUCUUCCGCAACCCCAUUCACACGAGUUCAGAACAAGUUUCUCCAGGACUAUAACUCUUGGGUCGAAAAGGCCUUUGACCGACGCAAAUUGACAGCCUUGCCGUGUGCGACAAUUGGCUUGUCUUUCAACUCAGAAGUCGAUGUACUAGAGAACGUUGAUAGUCGCCGCAUCGCUAUCCCGCUAGGCGAACUACGGUGGGAACGUGAAGGUCAUGGGAAGGAUCCGGUCGGCGCGUCACGCAGACAGUUGACCGCAGAUCAAUUGUCCAUCCGGCGCACGGCCCUUUUGACCGUAGUUCAGAUGAUUGAGGGCAUGGAGCAUAUCCUCAUGGAAGCUAGCGGUAAGACCAGAGAUGAAUGGGACAGGUGGUGGGCUGCCAUGAUUGCCGAUCUGUUCCAGAAGGGAAGCCUCGCGAAUGGGGAGUGCUUGGAAGUAAGCGCUUGGUGGGGACGAAAGAAAUGA